UUCUAGUUUGAAUCUGUUAAGACUUUCUUACAGCAUGCCAGGAAUAACGGCUUCCAAUUGAAUGUGCUCCUAAGAAAAUACAAACAUACAUAUUUAUAUACUUGUAAGCUCUUAACAAGAGAUAUCGCGGCUUCUAAUAUGGAUGCACAAUUUGAGCACUUGUGUCGCAUUUGUGCAGCAAACACAAAAUGUAAAAGCAAUUCUGUUGUCGAAAGUGUUUUUAUUUUCAAAACAACUGGCCUGAAGGAUAAAAUAGCUCGUCAUAUCUUCCUCAACGUUGCCGAAAAUGAUCCCCUACCUAAAGUACUUUGCAAAUCUUGUUAUCGACAGGUGGAAGCUACUGCUUCACUUUCUAAUAUAGCCAAGCACACACAGCGUGUAUUUCGAGACUUUCUGCUAAGCACAGUGCCUAAGGAAUCGCGCCAAGCGACAGCAGCACUUGUUAACGAGUCAUUAAUGCCAACAACACCUGCGCAGGAGAUCAAUGAAUCCAUCCAGAAUGAAUCCAAAAUUAAACGCAAUUUCGGUUGCGAGGAUAAUAAUACAUUUCAUCCAAUAUUGCUAUCGCGUCCUUCGGACCAGACUUUUCCUUCUGGCUCACAUCAACGGAUUGGAAACGAUAAACAUAACGAUGUUGUAAUCAGUUUGACCAAUAAAGACAGUGAGAUUCAUCAGCGCCAUCAGCAAAAGCGACAAAGCGAUGCGCCUGAAUACACCCACAGCCGCAGUAAUGUUAAAAUGAAUAGUCUAACCCAGCCGACUCGGCGUAAUAGCGUUUUUGGGGACUCACGUUACAGUUCAGCACCGAUGUCAAUAGCUCAGCGUUCAAUGCAACUGCCGCCCUCUUUAGCACCAAUACAUCCGGAGGUGGCGCUUUCCAAAGUCACAAAGUCACAUAGUCCAGAAAAACGGCAUUCACCAGCAGGUGUUAUCAAUUUUAUUCAGACCCAUGGUCGCAUCACAGGUAGUGCACCUACAAUCACUACUACUGAAGUUAAUAAAGGAUACACUGCCGGAAGUAGCAUAUCUACCCAUGCUAAAAAACUUCAAGUGCCUACUUCCGCUACACAAAAAGUUAGCAUCGCAGGCGUACCCAAUCUGCCCAAAAGCGUAAUUCAACAAAAGCAACGUAAUCUUAAAAAUGCUCUCAACAACAUCAGUGCCAUACGCGACGGCCAGGUAUCUCUAUUAAAAACAUCUCACCAACGCCAGACUUUAGAAGAUAUUGAUAUUAGGCCACUCGUUACGACCACAGUAGUGCCACACCAGUCGUUGUAUGGAGUUGAACCUUCUGUAGAGGAAGCGCUCCCAGAGCAUAUCAUUAUAGCUGCUCCUAAAAAGAAAAAGGAAGAGCCUACCACUUUGCCCCUCAAAAGUCCACCGAAAUUACAAAAAAUUGGAGCAUCACACGCAAAAAAUGUUCGGGCACCUCACGAUGUCAGUUUAAUAGCAGAAACAACACCAGUUAACAAAUCGAAAGCGCUACCCAGCAUGAGCACCCUAACCGAUGCCAUUUCCCUUGGCAAUGUCAUUCGAGAUCCAGACCUACUGAAACUAAUACUUAAGGCGCUUAAAUGGCCGGUCACCGCUGGCAAUUGUGACGAGCAAAUGGCAAAACUAAAAAACUCAAAAUUUGCAGUAAUUAUGUCGGAUAGUAACCUUCUUCAAGAUAAUGAUCUAACACAGCUACUGGGUCCUUAUCUUGCUCCAAUGAUGGCUAUUGUCCAGCAACAGCACAACAAUCCGUCCUGCAAUUCGAAUAAGACUCCUUCUCCACUUGCAAGUCCAUCAGCAACCGCUGAGCUGCAGACGAUAGGGGAGUGUACAAUGCCGUAUAAGUUACCACCCGAGACUUCGGUACAAUUGGUGCCGUCUAGUCCGACAGAUGAAGCGCACCCACAGCCACUAACAAAUAAGCUCGUGGAUUCGAAAUGCUCACAGCGAAAAUCACGUUUGCAUGAUUUAAGUGUUAAUGAACCGCCGAGCACUGAGGACAUAGCAACGACAUCAAACGCUACACUAGUUGCAAAUGAAUUGCUCAACAUUAACGCCAUGUUACUGUCACAAUUUAGCACAAGUCCAGCUGAUGUUCUUAACGAAGCGCUAAGCUCGAUGCUAAAACAGCAGCAGGACUCGAAAAUUCAGCGCUCAUUACACCGGAAACGCAGUUCUUCAACGACGAGCAAUGCAAUAAAUUUAGAAGAUAUUGUUCUCGUUGAGCCCGAACCAUUACAUGAUAAUCCCUUAGCGUCUGAUAGAGAUGUUUCAACGUUUACAAUACCACCUCAAGAAAUAUCUAACCCUUCCCCAAUAACACGGCCGAUCAUUAAGCGCCGCAAGGCUGUAACAAAAACAGCAAAUAGAGCAGAGAUUUCAAUGCCGAAAGCAGAUGAAAAUAAUUCUAAGACUGAGCUCAAACAAGACAAGAGAACAGAUGAGAUCAUUUGUACUAGCGAUCCUUCUAAAAUCGUUGAAAUUUCUACUGUCGAUAACUUAGUGGAAACUCCACAAGCACCAACCAGUACAGUACCAGAAGUUAUUUCCAGUAGUAUCACUAACAUUGCAGUUGAAAGUACCGGUGAGGAGAUAGAGACCAACCUUGCCACCAAAAGCAAGCCUAACAAUCCAAUGGCAAGCGUACGUAAAACGAAUGUUAAGUCAGCUCUCGGGCAAAAACUUCUAGAAGCUAUAGGCUUACCACAGCCUGGAAAGGAUGCUCUCACAGAAAGUGCCCGUGACACGUUGCGCAGUGCACUAAAGCGGUCACUAAAACAGGCUCAGGAACAGCAGCAACAAUUAAAGCGCGUUAAACAAGAGGAGCCCGUAAAACAGAUGGCGGAUUCAACUACUAAAUUAGUUGCUUGUGAAUCUUCUGAGGAGCACAAAAAAGCAAUUGCAGAACGCGAAUUAGAACUAUUAAAACGCAAAACAAAGAACGCAGAUAGAAACAGAUUAUCGAUCAAAGAUGAGAAAUCGGAUCGACCUGAUGUAAGUUCAUCAUCGUCACGCAAUCGAAGAAAUCGUAAUAAGUCGAAAACCGACGUUCAUGACGAUGACUGCUGCAGUGAAGAAAAGAAAAGUGAGCGAUGGGAUGAAGAUGAUGAUUUGCCUUUGAAAACAGACCCUGAAAAAAACUCGGAGCAUAUUAAUCGUCCUACGCGCACUAGCAAAACGAUGUCAAAGUAUUAUAAGUCUCCAAGCGUUGACAAACCGCUGUCGAAUGCGAAGUCGCAACAUGCUAUGGGAAGGCGUUCAGCCAGGCAACGUUAGGUUGUUCAGCCUAAGCUUAAAUUGUAAACUAAUCGGGCUUUGUCUGACAUAUAAAAUAUGCUCAGAACUUGUUACACUUUUAAUAUUUUAUUAAGACGCACUGUACACAGUAUAUACGUACUUUAUUUAUAAAUAGUUUAACUAUUAUUCAACAAGAGAUAAAUAUAUUAAUUGUCCUUAUCGACACCCAAUUUA